AUGGCAACAUGGAGGCCAAAGUAUCAGCCUCCGAUAUGGAAAACUAAUGAUAAUCCUCGAGCGACAGCUCACAAAGAACGGCAAAGUGUGCUGACUGCUGUCAUGCAGUCACUACUACGUCAGGGUAACGGUAUAGGCAUAUUGCUUAUUUCAAAAUUUAAAAAAUGAAAUUUUAUUAAUUUUUAAAAAAUUUUCCAAGAUUGCCAAAAGUUACUAUAAAUCUACAUCUAUUUUGUAAAGAUUAUCAAUAAUUUCGACCUCAUUUCAGCACUAGUGGGACCACCAGCAAACGUAUCAGUCCAGGCAUUGACUAAUGAUUCUGUUGUCAUUCAAUGGGACUUUGAUGAAGCCGCUAAUGGCGGACUGGCCGAUGGAUUCGUGGUCAAAUAUAUUCACGAACCAGGUCGAGAGGAACACUCGGCUCAGAACAUGGACUCAUGGAAACCACAAAGUGUUAUGGAUCCGAAAGCUCGGCAUCUGGAGAUUGGCAAGUUGACAGCGCAUAAACCAUACGCGUUCUGCGUUUUGGCUAUCAAGAAUAGCGUAAGUUUGGCUUUUAAUUUUUUUUUGAUUUAAAACAAAAGAAAAAUUAAAAACACGGUAAUUAGAUAACUUAUGUUAAUUUUUUUAAAAAUGAUUUUUUCAGCGCCUUGGACCAUGUUCAGACCCACCAACAACAAUAGAAAAAUUAGUCCCGACGAGGGUAGUACAAAACCUCCAUGUUCAGUACAAGACUUCACAAUCUGUCGCGCUACAUUGGGAUUUUGAUUCAACUUUGUCGCAAAAUUCAAACCUAGGAUUCUACAUAAAACAGACUGGAAUCAAAAUGUAUCGUACGCAAUUUCUGAAACCCGAGAAACUGACUGCUCCUGGCUUCGAAAGACGCAUUUCUGGUACAGAACGGAACUUUUUAUGGUCAAACCUAAGGCCGUACAUGAACUACACAUUCAAAGUCGGUGUGUAUUCGCUGGAUGACGGUAAAGUGUUUUGGCCGAGAGAAUUGACUGUUCGAACUGAUCCGACAGGGCCACCGUUAGUAGACACUCCAGAGUUUGUCGAAUCGAAACAGACUAGUACAGUGGAUUUGAAAAUUACGCCGGCUACCGAAGAGCAUGGUCCAAUCAGUCACUAUUGGAUUGUCAUUAUUCCUGGAAAUUAUUCAAAAGAAGACGUUAUGAAUGUGGAUCCACAGCAUUUGAUUCAAGCUACGAACAGAUGGCAUCAAAAUCUACAGAAAAUGCCAAAGAUAUCAGCUAAGCCGGCUAAAAGGGAUCUACAGAGGUUUGAAAGAGAAGCUCACUAUGUUAAAGUGUGGGAGAUGAACGGAGGUAAUAUUUAUAACAUGGGAGGUGUGGAAGAAACUGAGGGACAACUUGAGGAUUUUAAUGUUUUUGACGAUGAAAAAAUGAUUUCUGAAUCAAGUUUUGACAGUGAUAAUGCAAGAGAAUUAUCAUGGACUGAAGAAAAGUUUGCUGAUGGAGAAACAUUAACAUUCAGUAGAGAACAAUUUCAAAAGGAUGCUGUUGUUUUGCUAACAGACAGUAAUGACUUUGAUGAGGAAGUUGAUGCAGAACAAAAAGCAGGUGUUCAAGAAGAAAAGGUUUCUAGAAAACGAAAGUUAUCAUUGUUAGGAUGGGACGAAGACAAAAUUACACCAAUAAAGAACAAAAGAGUAAAGCGGUCGAAAAGAAGACAUCGAAGGCACGGUGAUAGGAAGACUAGAGAACCCAUAUCAAUGUUAAGUCCCAAAUCUCUUCAAGGUGUAUAUGUGACAGCACAGUUGAGCGCAAUUCAAGUGGAAAAGAUGAUGAUUGAUAACACGUUGUUUACUGUUGGGGAUGGAAAGGUAAGAAUUCUUAAAAAUAUUGAAAAUAUGGCAAAAUUUGCAUAAAGUUAAGAUAAAACUUAAAAAUUGAAACAAAAUGUAAUAAGUCUUGUUUUCAGGAAUACGGGGGCUUCUGGAACAUGCCACUCGAUCAUGAUGCUCAAUUUCGAGUAAUGUCACGAGCUUUUGCGGCCGAACAAUCCAACACGCGCUACGACCGACCGUUCGAAUACCGAGCACCAAUGCAAGAGCCGGCUUCAAAACUUUUCACAGACUCUAUGAUAUCUGAGCCAUUCAGUGCUAAACCAGUUUUAAUGUCCAGAAUUGCGAGUCGUACGUCAACAAUAUUGUUCUUGGGACCAGCAAUCGCGUUGAUCUUUUUGGUACUGGUUGUUGGAAUGCUAGUAGCCUGGUACUUGAAAUGCUCGAGGAAGGGCAGUCCAGCUAGAAAUUUCAGUUUGGGCAAUGGUACGUUAAGCAACCGACAUGGUAGUAUUACCAAAAUUGCUCUUGGGUCAGAUUUUGCGCAAAUCAACGGAAAUGGCAAUGGUUUAUAUAAUAAUCCGGGCGCACGUUUGAACGAAACUUCUAAGCUUCUUAAUGGGCAUUCGAACGGCGGUGCUGAUUUACCUAACAAUAUGCAGCUUACCAACCAAUAUGCUACGACACCAAGGAAUGGCAACUACCAUCAAAGUGAUAACGGCAUGUUCGACAUUUACGGGCAUCAAAGCAUAUCACAGUCGAACUUGAAUGACGGAUUUACUGACGGAAUUUACGGGCACCAUACCUUGCCGAAUAUGCAUGCUGGUGGCAUGGGUAUGGGAACUCUUGGUAUGGGACAAAAUGGUACUCUGGGCAUGGGCCAAAUGAACGGUCUUGGUGGAAUAAAUGGUUUAGGACAAGGAAUUGGAGAGGGCAUUAUGAAUCCGCUGAGUGCACAUCACAGUAUGGCUUUAAACGGCUACAAUGUAGAUCAAGCAAUACCAAUGAACGAAUUCAGAAUGCGCGUAGAAAGUUUAAAAGCAAAUGGCAACGAUGGAUUCAUAAAGGAAUUCGAAAGUAUAGACACGGAUCAACAUUUUACUUGGGAAAACAGCAAUAUGGAAGUCAAUAAGCCUAAGAACAGAUACGCCAAUGUCAUCGCAUACGAUCAUAGUAGAGUGGUACUAAAAACUGUCACCAGAAGCGCUACAGGCGGACCAAGGGCAUUAGGAAUAGAUGGAUGUUACGAUGAGGAGGAAGAACCAGGAAGUGACUACAUCAACGCAAACUACAUCAACGGAUAUUCGAAAAAAGAGAAGGCUUACAUUGCUACACAAGGUCCGCUACCGGAAACAUUCGCUGACUUUUGGAGAAUGGUCUGGGAACAAGAUAGUGCCAUUAUAGUGAUGCUGACAAAACUAGAGGAACGGUCAAGGAUUAAAUGCUCCCAAUAUUGGCCAAGCAAAGUCACAGCGACGUAUGGACAUAUACGUGUGACUGUGUUAGACACCAAUGAACUUGCCCACUACACCAUUCGCACUAUGAGACUCGAGCAUAUGCAAGAAAAGCAAGUACGAGAAAUCAAACAUGCACAAUUCACGUCCUGGCCAGAUCACGGUGUACCCGACCAUCCAACACCGUUCUUGAUGUUCCUAAAACGAGUACGAACAUUGAAUCCGCAUAACGCAGGUCCUAUCAUUACACAUUGUAGUGCAGGCGUAGGUCGUACUGGUGCAUACAUUGUAGUAGAUUGUAUGACUGAAAGUAUUCAUGCCCAAGGCGCUGUGGACAUUUACGGUUGUGUAAAGAGUUUGAGAGCACAGCGGAUUUACAUGGUACAGACGGACGAACAGUACGUUUUCAUUCAUGAUGCUGUUCUGGAUGCGAUCAACAGUGGAAGUACGGAGAUUCCGGUCUCAAAGUUUGAGAAGCAUAUUAGUACGCAUAUUGUGGGUAAGUAAACAUUAAAUGUAGUAGUUUUGGAAGAUAAAAAUAGGUUAUACGAAAAAAGAUAACAUGGUUUUGGUUAAUUCCGCACUAUUUGUAUCACUUCCAAAUAAUAUUUCUGUGAAUAAAUUAAUGUUUUAGGCCCAUCUAAUACCGUUGACCGUGAAUUUGAGAGUUUGCUGGCCCUCCAGCCUCCAAACGCGUCAUUCCACGCAGCUACUAUGCCAUUUAACAUAAAGAAGAACCGUUCUCCAAAUCAGCUUCCCUACGACUCAAAUCGUGUUCAACUGUCCAGAAUCCGCGAUGUGGAAGGCUCCGACUACAUUAACGCUUCAUGGAUUGACAGCUACAGGAAACGCGGCCAGUUCAUCGCUGCCCAAGCUCCUAUGAUGGACACUGUGAUUGAGUUUUGGCGUAUGAUUUGGGAAUGUGAUGUUGGUAUCGUUGUGUAUUUGAAUGGCAUUCCGGAUUCGAUUCCUAAAAAGGAACAUGAAAAGUAUGCCGAGUAUUGGCCACAACAUGCUAGUAUGCUGAGAUACGAUCAGUACUUGGUGGAGACUAAGAAGUUUGUCGAGAAUGAGACUUAUGCCUUGAGGGAAUUUGAGGUAACUGAUGAUGUGGUAAGUAUAGUUUUUAAAGGUUUUUGUAAAAUUUAUUUUAAGUUUUUUAAUGAUAUUUGAGCUUUCACGUUAGAAAUGAGGAUUUUUGGUUAUAUCAACCAUUUACUUUUUAAAUUGCUGUAUUGUAUUAUUAAACUUUAGACAAAAGAAACACGCACGAUACGACACAUGCAGUACUUGAGAUGGCCUGAACGUGAUUUGCCUGAUAAUGAAACAAGCUUCAAUCAGUACAUUCAAUUGGUAAGUAAUAUUUUAACCAUCAUUUUUCGAAAAAAUAUGCCUGAAUCAAUUGUUUUAAUAAUGUUUUUAAUUUUUCAUUUCAACCUUAACUUAUAUAAUUGUAGGUAAGCCAAACACAACAACAAUUCGGCUAUUCUGGGCCAAUUUUGGUGCAUUGUACGAAUGGAGCAGCACGUACUGGAGUUUUUAUUGCCAUGUCGAUCAUAAUGGAACGCAUUGCUGCUGAAAAUGUUGUGGAUGUCUUUACGACAGUCAAAAUGUUACGAGCACAACGGCCGAACAUGGUGGAAAGUAAACGAGAGUUGGUAUUCAUCUACAUGGCUGCUUUAGAUUUUAUUUCGCAAUGA